CCUCUAAUUCGAUUUACCUCUUGACAUCGUGUUUGUUUUGUCAUUGGGAGAGAGGAUAGCUCAUACGCGUUCCAAGAGACUCGACUCACUCAGCUGGGGGGCACGGGCAAAAAUACACAGGUUCGGAACGGCCCCAAUCCCAGCAACACAAACACUGCUCAAAACGUAAGAAGAGGUGCUCACUGCUCUUAUCCUUCGGCUCAAAAUGCGUCUUCACAUCCAUCAUCAUCCUAGUUCCAAAGUGCUUUUGUGACAAGGUGACUUCAUGUUUGUGAUGAAGCAUGAAGAGAGUGUUGGUAAAAAGAGACUUCAUUGAGUCGAGCGAAUGGGUUUCCUUCCGAGAGUUUUGGCGCCAAAAUCGCUUCCGGAUGUCUUGCAGAAAGUUAAGGUUUCCUUGGCCAUUUUAUGGGUCGAAGGCACGGGAUUUUCCAUCUUUGGUCAAUCACUUCCAAAGAGUGACACAUUCAUCUCCGACUUCAAGAUUCAGCAACCAGGAUCGCAGCUCACGAACGAUGGGAUUGAAAAGGCUUUAGAGACCGAUAUUGGGCACCGAAACAUUCGUCGAAGUGGUGCCGGAUUCGAUGGAUUCUCCGGGUUUCCACGCAGCCCUUUCUCAGACGACGCUCCCUCUGCUCAAAGACGAAAUAGUCAAGAGGCCGGGAAUUAUCAACGGUCUUCAUUUGGAUCUCCUGUUUCUCGGGUUGGAAGUGCCGAAAAGUCGACCAGACUGCCGUACCAGAGACCUCCAUUGGAACAAACCGAGGAGAGGUCAUCUCAACGACAAACAUACAGAGACCAACACACUCCAGCUCAAAGUGAGAGCCCGCCUCAAGACGAAUCCGUGAGAUAUGCCAUGUUGAAUGCUGGAAUGGGACACCACCGGAAUCAAGAGCAGCCACCUCCAAGUGAGCCUGAACGCACUGACUACUCUCAGGCGGCAAAUGCUCCAGAUGAGGCCAAAGUUGAGCAUUCUGGCGAGGGCUCUGGCAACUCUUCCUCUGCACUCAAAUCCAAGUACAGUAUCACUGUGGACGGAGUGACACCUUUCGGUCUAGAAGAUAACUCGGAGAUCCUCUAUGAUGCUGAUGGUCAACCGGAGGAGGUCGUCGUGUACUUGGAUGCAGAGGGAAAAGCCACCGACAAGCCCAAAGAUUUGGAGGGCAGCUCGGGCUAUUGCUGCUACAGACAUCAAGGCAGUUAUAGCAAGGAUAAAGGCCACAGUGGAUAUAGCGACCACAAGGGUUACGGUCAUGAUGAUCAUGGAUAUGGUCACGAAGCCAAAAGCUACGGCCAUGACGACCACUCCGGAUACGGCCAUGACGAUCAUAGUUCUUCCGGCUAUGGGCAUGGAGGUGGCCAUAGCGGCCAUGGAGGUCAUGGAGGGUACGGAAAAUAUCAUGUCCCAUCCAAAAAACCCGGUCCUUAUGGCUACGGGAAGCCCAACUUCAAAUGUGAAUACGCCAAAGAAACCCUUUAUGUGACCAAAACGGUCUACAAAGUCAACAAGAAAUGCUUCAAGGUGUUCAAGACCGAUUGCAAGCACGUGUACGACAACGGUAAAGGCAUUGGAUACAAGAAAGAGUGCUCUGAAUUUUCCGAGACCAAGUGUCGAACCGUUUAUGACACCAAUUUCAAGACCAAAUGCUACCCAACGUACAAAAAAGUUUGCGAUCAAACCUACACGACCAAAGUGGAUUGGAGCUACAAGGAACAAUGUACCACGAGCUACGAUAAGGAAUGCAGUGGCUACGGAUACCACAAGCAUUGCCACGAGGUCCCCAGGGAGAAGUGCAAGCAAGUGCCCGUCAAGAUCGAGAAAAAGGUUCCCAAAACAGUGUGUGCCAAGAAACCGGACAAGAAGUGCAAGGACAUUCCGUUCUUUGUACCCAGAAAGGAAUGCAAGCACUUCCCCAAGACCGUGUGCGUCCAAGAUCCCAUCAACGUGAAGAAAUCCAUUCCAAAGAAGAAAUGCUUCCCUGUGCCCAUCGAGAAAUGCAUCAAGAUCCCCAAGGAGGUUCUCAAGCACAUUCCCAAGACGGUCAAGAAGAAGAUCUGUGUCAGCACGAAGGUUCAUCAUGACGGCGGGUAUGGACAUGAUGACCACGGUCACAGCGGUGGAGGCUACGGCCACAGCGGAGGCGGUCACAGUGGUGGAGGUCAUAGCGGACACGGCCAUAGCGGACACGGCCAUAGCGGACACGGCCAUAGCGGAGGGGGCUAUGGCCAUGACGAUCAUCACGGUCACGGAGGGGACGGGUAUCAACACUCGGACGUAUCUGCGAUUAUCGAUGAUGGAUACGUGGACGAAAAGGUCGAGGAACACCACGGAAUUGGCUACGAGGAUUCCAGUCAUGAACACUACCGAACGGCCAAACCACAACCCAACCAAAAGUAUGGUAUUCGUAGCAGUGCCAGUGAAGCCCAAGAUCCAGGCAAAAAGUUGACGGAGGUGGCGAAAUCCCAAGUCAAGAACCAGUUCGAAGCGUUCUCCGGAGGUUUCGAUUUCCCCUCAUUCGCAUCGUUUCAAAAGAGGCGCCGAAAGUGAACAAAUCGAUUUGAUAUCAAUUGGGGUGGUUUGGUGAUGGUUUCAGUGGACCACUCACCCUUUGUUCAGCCAGAUUGGGUCGGUGCAAUGAUGAAGCCAUAUUUUUUCCACAUCCACAAGGAACGGCAGUAUUAAGCUCCAGCUUUAAGUGCGAUUGGUGCCAUAACUUCGUGAGAACGUUUUAAUUCUCUUCGUCAACUAUGUUAGUCGUCAGUAUCAUGAUCAUUUUUUCUCUUUUUCUGAAAUUCUCAUCAGUUUUGUUAUUGGCGUACUCACCAAUAAUUUAACGGUGACAAUGGGAUCAUAUGUUCCUAUUUGAAAGCCGGACAAAUUCUAUCAAUGUUCUGUUCAGUUCGCAACAAAUAAAAGUUCUUCAAAAUUC